GUCACCAGCUGUGAUAGUCCACGGUCAAUAAUUUUACCUCACAUCUACAUAGAAAACUAUCUGAAAAAUGCUAGAAACUACAACAAAAGAAGUAAAAGCAGAACAAGAAAAAAUAAAAGUACUUUUUAUAUACAGAUAAGCUUUGAAUUGUUUUUGAACCAAACCACCUCCCAGAGCAAGAUGGUUAUCGGAGUUCUCUCCUUCAAAGCACCUGUUCAUUAUUCAAGCUUGAACUCCAUUUCUAAUUCAAGGAGGCCUGUUAAGUACCAUACCAAACUUGGAAUUCAAUGCUCAAAUUUCAGUCCAGAUAUGCCUUCAGCAACUGAGAUGCUUCUAAAUGAUGCUUCCAUUACUGGUGGUGCAUAUGGUUUUGAAAGUGCAACUACGUCACUUACUCAGAAGUUGUUGUCAUCAUCAAAGAAGGUCACUCUUGUGAGGCAUGGACUUAGCUCUUGGAAUCUAGAGGGUAGAGUUCAGGGAAGCUCAAACUUAUCUGUCUUAACUGACACUGGAGUGAGGCAAGCAGAGAUGUGUAGGCAAGCCUUAGUAAAGAUACACUUUGAUCGGUGCUUUUCUAGUCCAAUAUCUCGUGCCAAGACCACUGCCGAAGUCAUAUGGCAAGAAAGGGAAGAGCCACUGGUUUUCCUGGAUUCCCUGAAGGAGGCCCAUCUUUAUUUUCUUGAAGGCAUGAGAAAUGUGGAUGCUAGAGAGAAAUAUCCAAAGGAGUAUACAACAUGGAGAGAAGAUCCUGCUAAUUUUAAUGUGAAUGGCGUCUACCCCGUUCGUAAACUGUGGGGGACAGCUAGAGAAGCUUGGAAGGAAAUCUUGUUUUCACCUGGUGAAAAUUUUUUGGUUGUAACACACAAGUCAAUCUUGAGGGCACUAAUCUGCACAGCUUUGGGGCUUAGCCCAGAGAGGUUCAGGGCAAUUGACGUGAAUAAUGGUGGAAUAUCUGUGUUCAAUAUCAAUAAAAGAGGAGAAGCAAUGCUUCAAUCUUUGAAUAUGACAGCUCACAUGUACACUGAUCAUGUCUAUCUAUACUGAAUGGUGAGGAAUAAGCCAAUUCUGAUGAAUAGGACAUAUAUCAGAAACAGCAACAGGGCAAAGCAUGGAGUAAUGAUGAGCCGGCAGUUGGAAGCAUUACAUUUCCAACCUCAGAGUUGCGAAUUCGGAUUAAGUAGUUGAAUAACUGAGGUCUGAUAUAUAUCAUGCAUAGCUUCCAGCUGAAAAAGGAAUUACACAUUGUAAACCCUUUAGCUGAAGUAUAUUCUACAUUUUCUGUAACAUAUUGCUUUUGCCGAAUACCUUUCUUGAACAUGAUUAGCUUUAUUUUCUUAUUACUUUGCUUCA